CCUGAUCAGUAUCUUCUUUCCAGGCCUCCUAAAAGAUGUCAAAAACUGACAACAAUGGUGCACCUAGGCACCAUCUUAAGCGUGCCUCCACACCAGGGAAGGCAACAGUGCUUGCCAUCGGCAAGGCGUUUCCAAGGCAACUCAUUCCGCAAGAACGCUUGGUGGAGGGUUACUUUCGUGAUACAAAAUGCGAAGAUGUCUCCAUUAAAGAGAAACUGGAACGUUUAUGUAAAACAACGACCGUGAAGACUAGGUACACGGUCAUGUCCAAGGAGAUUAUAGAUAAAUACCCUGAAUUGGCAACUGAGGGCUCAUCAACAAUCAAACAAAGACUUGAAAUAGCAAACCCGGCAGUUGUUGAGAUGGCAUUUGAAGCAAGCCUAGCUUGCAUAAAGGAAUGGGGAAGGCCUGCUACUGAUAUCACCCAUAUAAUCUAUGUUUCUUCCAGCGAGAUACGUUUACCUGGGGGUGAUCUUUACCUUGCAAGCCAACUUGGACUAAAAAAUGAUGUUAACCGGGUAAUGCUCUAUUUCCUUGGUUGUUAUGGGGGUGUAACUGGCCUUCGAGUGGCCAAAGACAUUGCUGAAAACAAUCCAGGAAGUCGUGUUCUGUUAACUACCUCUGAAACCACCAUCCUUGGUUUUAGACCUCCAAACAAAGAACGCCCUUAUGACCUUGUUGGUGCAGCACUAUUUGGUGACGGAGCAGCAGCAGUGAUCAUUGGAACCGAUCCAAUAACAAGCACAGAAUCUCCUUUCAUGGAACUUAACUAUGCAGUUCAACAAUUUCUGCCAGGAACACAAAAUGUCAUAGAUGGACGCCUCUCUGAAGAGGGCAUAAACUUCAAACUUGGUAGAGACCUCCCCCAAAAGAUUGAAGACAACAUCGAGGAAUUCUGCAGGAAACUCAUGUCAAAGGCUAGUUUGACAGAAUUCAACGACUUGUUUUGGGCUGUGCAUCCUGGAGGACCAGCUAUACUUAACCGCUUGGAGAACACUCUUAAACUGAACAAGGGGAAACUAGAAUGUAGCCGGAGAGCAUUGAUGGACUAUGGAAAUGUUAGCAGCAAUACCAUUUUCUAUGUCAUGGAGUACAUGAGGGAGGAGUUGAAGAGAGAGGGAGGGGAAGAAUGGGGGCUUGCCUUAGCAUUUGGUCCUGGAAUUACAUUUGAAGGCAUUCUUCUUCGCAGCCUGUAA